UGGGAUGAUCCUACAUCUCAUCUCCGCUACAACUGUGUCAUGACAGUGAACAGUGGAUGAUUUUGUCAAUCAUUGGUUUGUGAUUGCGGCUGAACCAACGGUUUUUGACUCUUGAAUUACCGCUAAGUGAGAUUAUAGAGUUGAUUUUAGGCUGAGAGUUGUGCCCCUGUCAUCAGUCAGAACUCUAAUUUUACCAAAUUUUUGAGUGAUCGUCAAAGUGUCAAUGAUGCGGGAAAAUGCUUGAACUGACAGCCGAUCUCUGCCGAAACGGCACCCUCAGUGCAUCCACGAAUAGCAGAACCGCAGAUAUAAUGAGGCAACGCAAGAAUGGCGGCAUCAAAUCGGAGGACAGUAUCUCCGUUCCUGAGGAGCAACUCAAGUUUGGUGACGCAAGGUUCCUCACAUCAUUCGUACUUGGCCGGAGUAGGAUAAUCUCCCCGGACGUUUUGCCAUCCUGUUCCCCGGGUAUCUUCCGUCAGAAGUCAUUUCUCGGUGUGACACCAGGCAGUGACAAUACCCCCAGCAACACCCGCAAAGCCAAACAACACAUCAAUGAGAGUAUAAAUAAAAAAUCAUACGGCAGUAAAAAUUGGUCGCCGCGCAGAGUGGGUGGAGUUGACGGUAACGGUGGUGGUAUUCUCAAUUGGGGUACCAGAAACACCGGCAAGCACACACGCUUUGGCACGUCACUGGCCAACAAAAUGGCGUCAGCUAGCACAACAGCGGUACCACAGGGCUGGCCCAAUACCAAAGACGACUACGAACUCAAGGAGGUUAUCGGAGUCGGCGCGACAGCCGUUGUUCAUGCUGCCUUUUGUAUUCCACGUCAGGAGAAAUGUGCUAUCAAGCGUAUAAACUUGGAAAAAUGGAAUACGAGCAUGGACGAACUUCUGAAAGAGAUCCAGGCGAUGUCGUCCUGCAACCACGAGAAUGUUGUCACGUACUAUACGUCGUUUGUGGUGAAGGAGGAACUGUGGCUCGUACUGAGACUGCUCGAGGGUGGAUCACUUCUUGAUAUUAUUAAGCACAAAACGAGGACGUCUAACUGUAAACAUGGAGUUUUCGAUGAAGCCACUAUUGCCACGGUACUUCGGGAGGUACUCAAGGGGCUUGAGUAUUUUCAUAGUAAUGGACAAAUACACAGGGAUAUUAAAGCCGGAAAUAUUCUCCUCGGUGAAGACGGAACAGUUCAAAUAGCUGACUUCGGUGUGAGCGCUUGGUUAGCAACAGGCCGUGACCUAAGCAGGCAAAAAGUCCGUCACACAUUCGUUGGCACGCCCUGCUGGAUGGCGCCUGAGGUCAUGGAGCAGGUGAGGGAGGAUCAUGGUUACGAUUUCAAAGCCGACAUAUGGUCCCUCGGUAUCACUGCCAUUGAAAUGGCAAGUGGCACUGCCCCUUAUCACAAGUAUCCACCGAUGAAGGUACUCAUGCUGACGCUGCAGAAUGAUCCACCGACCCUGGAUACAGCUGCUGAUGAUAAGGAUCAGUACAAAGCUUAUGGAAAGACAUUCAGGAAAAUGAUUGUUGAUUGCUUGCAGAAGGAUCCAACGAAAAGACCAACAGCAACAGAAUUGUUGAAACAUCCGUUCUUCAAAAAAGCGAAGGACAAGAAAUAUCUGCAGCAAACACUCGUCGCAAUUGGUCCAAGUCUAGAGACUAGAGUACAGAAGGCAUCGAAGCGCCAACCUGGGACAUCCGGUCGUCUCCACAGAACGGUCACAGGAGAGUGGGUGUGGUCCUCGGAGGAGGAAGACAGUGGUGCAUCGAGCGGUGACGAAGGCAAGGAAGCUCUGCCCGUCAACACCAUAGACAACGUCUCCAGUGAAGAGGAGCAGGUCGAUCAGGAGGAUGCCGAUGGUCUGGUAAAGUCAGCUGCCAGUCGACUCGUCAUACAGUCGUCUGAACAGAAUGAGCCCAUUAAUUUGGUGCUGAGACUGCGGAACCAGAAGAGGGAACUAAACGACAUUAGAUUCGAGUUUGCAGUUGGAAUAGACUCGGCAGAAGGCAUAUCAGCCGAACUAGUUGGUGCUGGUCUAGUCGAUGGCAAGGACGUCGUUGUCAUAGCUGCCAAUUUGCAAAAACUCAUCGACAGCGCUGGUCAAUUACGCACUGUCACAUUUCCACUGAACUCUGGUUAUGCUGUCAAUGAAGUACCCGACGACAAGGCACUGAUUGGUUUCGCUCAGAUCUCCGUAACAGACUAGGCCCUCGCCUAUCCCUCGUUAUAUUCUUUUUAAGAAUAUUCUAAAAUCUCAGAAUAGCGUUUUCACACGGUACGAAUAGAGGAGGUAUGAACUGUUGGCUUUUUUUUUUAAUGACCAUCUGAAUUUCGGAAGUAUUAUGGGUGAAUUAUGCCUUCUGGUUGAAUCAAAGUUGCAAUUGAGAUGAGAGAAAAAUAACGAUAAUAAUCUUCUCGUACCAAAUUAAUUGUUCAGUAUUUUCCUAUCUUUGGAAUUAUACCGCGAAUAUCAUACAAUUUCAACUACAGGACAUCAAGUAUCCAAGACUCGUUAUUACUGUCUGACAGUAAUAAACAUUAAUGAUGAAAUAAAGAAAACUGCUCAGAAAUUUACCUUACAUUAUCAGAAGAAUGAAAACAAUACUCUGACGCUUGUGUGGAGGGCGUUUUCCUACUAGAUAUCAAAUAUAUAUUCAAGUGAACGUGAAAAUUAUAUUGCUUACUACACGUACAUUAUCAGAAAACACUUGCGUCAGAGUUUAGACUUACUUUUCACGAAUUUGUGAAUGAUGAAAUCUAUCAGUGAAAUUGUAGCUGACAUUUCACUAUAAUUUAUGUAAAUAUUAGUUUAUUUAGUUGAUUCAAUUUAUUCAUCUCCUCUGAAUGUUUUGAAAGAAUAUCCAAGGGAACAGCCAAAAAUCAUGAGAAUAAUCAGAGCUGGGGAGCGAUUUAAAAGCAUGGGAAGUAAUACCUACGUUACUUAUCGAAUAUAAGUGGCUUUAGCGUUGUUUUAUGAAGAGUGAAAUUAUCGUUCAGGCUGUAUUUUAGAGAGUUCCCUCAAUUUCUCAAAAUUAAUUCCUGCAAAUUAUUCAGAAAACUGUUUCUUAUACAUUUUUGUAAAAAAUAUCAGUGAAAAAUACGAAAUCAAUUUUUUUAUGGUGAAAAAUUAGAAACCUUGUGAAAAGGCACGUAGAAUUUGUUUUUAAAUCUUAGUUAGUAGUAUGGAAUUGUCGAAAUCAGUUCUAGAACCAAAAAAAGGAAAUUUUGAAAAAUGAAAGGGAACUCAACUCUGAAAUUUGCAAAUGUCUGGUACAAAAGUCGAUUUCUUGAAGUAUAAAGUUUCAUGCUUCGAUGCCUUAGGAUUUAGAAGAGACAAGAGUACUAAAUAAUGAUAAUAUAAUGAUACAAUAAUAAAAUUCUUUUGUACUUAAUCGAAGUGAAAAAAAAAAGAAAAAAAAUGUUAUGGAAUAGCGUGUUCAUAGCUUGACAGUUUUUAGGUAUAAACCCGUCGUAAAUUUUUAUCUUUCCACUCGCCUAUUUGUGAAGAAACAACGUUGUUAGGUGUUGAAUAAACAUUUCUGGCCUUACUCUGACCAUUUAAACAAAUCAUAAGCAUGUUUGUUGGCUCUCAACUAUUAUUUCUCUUCAAUUCCCUUCAAUUCUCUUCAUUUUCUCGAGAAGAAUAACUUAAUUUGACUUUGGAGUGAGUUAUUUACAUGAAUAUCUUGGAUUUUGGGGGAAUUGCAGACUUUUCAGAGUACAACUUACAAAUUAUUUUCAAAAUAACUCAGACUUCGUAUUUUCCUCUUUCCAAAAGUUGAAUUAUCAUUCUAAGAUUUUCAGAUAUUCUCCAGAGCGGUCUUCAAGUGAUAUUGACUCAUCUCAUUUCAUAACUUCACGACUGAAUUCACUAACAAAUUAGUUGUUACUCACUGUUUUUCCCUUUCUGUCAACAAAGCGAACAAUAAUUACAGUUUUAUAAAUUACGAACCAGGGUAUGUGUCGAAAAUCAUUGAACCAAGCUAGAUUCUCCCAUUUCGUUCUUUAUUUUGUAUCUAUUAAGUCGUUAUCUCUCAUUUUGCCCAGCAUUAUGAGUUUAGAUGUGUUUUCGAGAUUUAUUGUAGAUCAGAUUUUCAAUUGUAAAUAUUCAAGGUAUGUUUUGUUAUAUUUUAUCUGAAGAAUUGUAAAGACUUCACAUGAACAUCAUCAUUAUAACUUUUCCAACAGUCGAAUAUGUGAAACGGUCAAUUUUGGAUGAUAAUGCAGUGAUAAUAAAUGGAAGCCUAUUUAUUACUGAAAAAGAAAUAAUGGCACUAUUCACACAGAAUUUAAUCUCUUCAAUUACUCCAGAAGGUACAAAAAUUUUAAUUUCUAUAUUGUCCAGACAGUCAAGUCGGGAUAAUGUAAUGUGCCUUAUGCAGAGUCCAUUGCCACUGGUUUUAUUUAUCAUGCAAAAAGGAAAAAAAAAGCCUCAUCGAAGGGAAAAAAAAUCACCUGGAGAAGUGAAUGGAAAUAGACAUCACUCAUCAAUACAUUAUUUUAAGAGUGCCAGAACAAGAAAAAAAAAUUAUGUUAUAUGUAGCAUUUAAACAUGUACUGAAAACAAAAAGGAAGAAUAAUAAUUUAUUUGUAAUAAUAGCAAAAAGACAUUGAAGCAAGAUACACUGUGCUUUAUUCCAAUGAUAAUACGAUAUGUUUCUUUCAUUCUUUUUCUCUUCAUAUUAAAUAUAUGAUUUUAGUACUUAA